UUUGUUUUGCUUAUCCUGCUUUCUUCCUGUAAAAUUAAACGGCAUUGGGUGACCAGAGUUCCUUUCAAACGAUAAAAAAUCAUGAAAAAUUUUGCCACAAUCGAUAAUAAAUCGAUUAUUUAAAUUGUUCAAAACGAUAUUUCUUAACGCGAGAAAAUAUACAAAAAAGAAAUAUAUAAAUGAAAUGGAAGUUAAUUUAGAAAGAAUUGCUGUCGCAAUAGCGAAUGAAGCUAGAACAGAAGGUGAUUGUAAACCCAUAUUAACCAAAACUAGUGGGGCCGAGAUGCAAGUGCCAACAUCAAUGGUAAAUCAAGACACCACAUCUACGACAUCUUCCAAGGCCCUGAAGCGGUGUUUAAGUGUCCCAAUACCACGAUCGCAACCAACAUCCAGGGAAGUAUCCCCGGCACCAGUUUUCAAUAUAUUUGCACCACGCGGACGCCGAUAUUCAGCUAGUUAUAGUCCAGCUAGGGGUAUGGGUGCAGCCGGAGGAUCAUCAACCAGUAAUGCAGGAAAUAAUGGACAAUCUUCAAGGUGUGUAACACCACGCAUUUCACAGCUAAGACAAGAAGAAUGUGUUGAUGGUUUGAAUUCUCGCGAGGUAAAUCAUGAACGUGAGGUACAUAGUGCCAUACAGAUAUCACAGAGUUGGGAGGAUUUGUCAUUGGUUGCUGAGAAUUGGUCCUGCAAGUCAACCGAAGAGCUUUCAAAUCCUCUGCAAGUUGUUGUGGGUGGUGUUUUGAGCGGCAAUGGCAGUGGUGGUUGCUCUAGCCCCAGUCCCACCAAUAAUCGUGCCAAUUUACGUCUUCCAUAUGGUUUAUCGCCAUCACCCACGCGGCGUAGCACCACAUUUGCUACACGUCGUUCUAUGUCUCCCAUAGCUAUACGACCAUCGCAGUUGGGUCCUGUCAAAAGAAAAUUUGAAUUAGACGAUACUGCACCUACAACGAGUAGCAGCACUUGGAAUUCAAUAUAUUCCCAGCCACCUAGCAAAAAAAUGUUUUGCGAGAGUCGAGGAUCUUCUCCUAUAUGCCAAUCGCCCUCAGGUUCGGUGUGUCCCAGUCCAGAUUCUGGAACGGGCACCUAUGAUGGUCGCCUAACACCAAAGUUGUUGAUAUCCAAAUUAUAUACCCACAAUGCCACAAGUAUGAAUGCCAACAACAAUACAAACUCUUCGGCCUGUUCUUCGCCCAUGUCAGCUUCUUCCUAUGGUGGGGAUGUUAUUGAAACGGCCUCCACAGUAUCAACACAUUUGUGCUCCUCCUCAUCGUCAUCGUCAUCAUCAUCAAAUUCAUCGUCCUCCAUUGCUAUUUCGACAGCCUCAAGCAAUAGUGAGCCCAUGUCUUUGGGUAGCAUUGACGAAGGCAUUUCACUUAAUGAUAAAAUACUGGAGGAAGGCUCAAUGUCAACCACUCACACCAUAACACCCGCUAUACAGGAUGAGUCUACACUCAUGGAUAUAAUAAAACCAGCUAUGGAUGAAGAAUGUAACAAUAUGAUAAUAGAAAAUGCAUGUGUAGCAACUGUUAUGGAUGAUAAAAUGUAAGAUUUCCUUGGUCGAAAUUGUGGAAAAUUUUAAAAAAUUCGAAAUGUAAGCGUUAGCUUUUAGUUAGAAUUUAAAGUAAAUUUUGGACUAUGUGCUUGGUAAGAACAAAAACACAACAACAACGAGACACUUAAAUGUAAUCGUCAUAUUCACCAUUUGCUUUAUUCUUGUAGCAAAUUAAAAAAAAGGAAAACGCCAAAAAUUGGCUACGAAAUGUUUGGAAAAACAAGUGUUUUUAUGCAUAGAUAAAAAUAGGUCCUCUAUAUAAAACAUCGGGAGAUGGGCACACAAACUAUCGAAACUAAAAGGCACCCAAAAUUUUUAGAUUAUCGCUUUCAGCCUUUCUACCAUUUAAUUAAGUAGUUAUAAUACAUAUAUGGGGACUAUUGAAAGCAGAUAUAUGUAUGGGUAUUUCUCCUCGUUUGAAAUUAUUUAAAAAAAAAAACUAAUAUCCCCUCUGCAUUAUACCAAAAUUAUCAUUUACACAGCCUUGUAUAUAUCUGCCUUCCAUACUCCCAACUUCGUUCUUUGAUAUUUAAAUAUACUAAAUAAACUUUAUUUAUAUAUAUAUAGAAAUAUGUAUUUUAGUAAACUAUACAUAGUUCACAUUAGUUUAAACUUCGUUUCUAUUUACACGUUAUUAGUGUGUAAAUGUCGAAUGUAUUAUCAAAAGCAAUCCCUUACCCUUAUCAAUCUACCAAUCUACUAUAACAUACACCACACAUCCAACCAUUAGACUUCAUUUUCAGCUGUGGAAGGAACUCUUCGUUUUGUGUUAGACAUGUUUAUUGUGUGUGUAUGGGUUUUUUUACUUAUCCUAGAUAAAGGAAACCUUUUUGUUAAUUGUAUGGUACGUCUUUGUUUUAAUAUGUUUUGAAAAACGAAAGGAAAGAAAUAGAGUGACAAAAGAUUCCCGUGAUUUAUUUGUAUGUAUUACUUAUAAUAUCUCUACCUACCAACCAACCAACCCCCUGCGCGCUUUACUAAAGUUAUUAAGUUUAUGUUUAGGAAUAUAAUUUAGAAACUAUUUUGCUUAGAUACAAAAUAAAAUAAAAUUUGUCAAAUGUAUAACAAUAACACCAUAUAUAAAACACCAA